UCGCCCCUCGCCGGCGAGAGAUGUCGGCGAUGUCCCGCGCGAUCCGGGCCUUGGGAGGCGGCGCCGCGUCCCGGCGGAACCUCUCCGUUGCGGCGUCCAAGGAGGCGCCCGCGCUGGCGGCGGCUGGGCUGGUGGCGGGGCGGAAGGCCGGACGACGGGAUCCGGGGGAGGACGGGAGCCGCGUGCAGUGGGUGUUCCUGGGCUGCCCCGGGGUGGGCAAGGGCACCUACGCCGGCCGCCUCUCGCGGCUCCUCGGCGUGCCCCACGUCGCCACCGGCGACCUCGUCCGCGACGCCCUCGCCUCCCAAGACCCCCUCUCCAAGCAGCUUGCUGAAAUUGUGAAUCAUGGAAAGCUGGUGUCUGAUGAGAUCAUCAUAAAUCUCUUGUCAAAGCGACUCGAGGAGGGAGAAGAAAAGGGUGAAUUGGGUUUCAUACUUGAUGGAUUUCCAAGAACUAUAAGACAAGCGGAAAUACUGGAGGGAGUCACGGAUAUUGAUUUGGUAAUCAAUCUCAAACUUCGAGAAGAAGCUCUUCUUGCGAAAUGCAUUGGUAGAAGGAAGUGUAGCCAGUGUGGAGGAAACUUCAACGUGGCCUCCAUCGACAUUGAGGGCGUGAAUGGUGGCCCUCGAAUGUAUAUGCCUCCACUACUACCUCCUCCACAGUGCGAAUCAAAGUUGAUUACUAGAGCAGAUGAUACCGAAGAGGUGGUAAAGGAGCGAUUGCGUGUCUACCAUGAUUUGUGUGAACCAGUGGAGGAUUUCUACAGGGCACGCGGCAAACUCUUGGAGUUCAAUUUACCAGGAGGAAUUCCCGAAUCAUGGCCGAAACUACUGCAGGCUUUGAAUAUAGAAGACCCUGACAACAAAAGAUCUGCUGCAGCAUAGUUUUCGUUUGUGUUAAACAUGCGUAUUACAACAUAUUUGUAGCCUAUGUCAAACGUAGCUACCCAACAGGCAAUUCAUAGCAUCUCUACAAAGUAGCUCAUUCGGGGCCAUUAUUUGAUCUGGCACUCAAGAUUGUAUAGCUGAUUGAUCAUUGAUCAUGCAAGUUCGAUGGGCUUGCUAGUGGUAUUCUUUAAAUGGUUAUGCCUUAAGGACAGAUUGUAUAUAACCGACAUUUGAGCUUGUAGUCCGCUGAUAAAGCACUGCUUCUGGACAGAAGCCACACAUCAACCAUUCUUAUGAAAAUAUUAUGCAUGCGGACGAUUCUUGUGGUA